AUGAAUUUGAUAGUUCUUACAGUGUGCUUUGCAUUGCUUCUGAUUGGUCCAUUAUGUUCAGCCUAUAGUGACGAGGAACUUCAGGCUGAUAGCCUUAGACUUGCUGAGAUUAUUAAAACCUCUCCAGACGACAACACCAAAAUCGACAGGAUCCCGGAAUUACUCGACAUAUAUAGACGUAUGUCACCCAGUCUAAGCCCUGAAGAAAGAGAGAACCUCGAUAGGUUAAUUAAACCGCACACGGAGGAACUUUUAAUCGAUGGAGUUCCAAGUCAGGGUGGUAGGAGAAGCAAGUAUCGUAGUGGGGGGAUCCUGAAACCUAUUGUAAAAAUCGUUGCGAGAGAAUUUUUCACAGGGCUCUCUCAAACUAUUACAGACAUAUUCAGUAGUUGGAUUUCUCGUAAAAACAAGCCGUGAAUCAGAUGACUAACU